UUUAUACAAAUGACAAAUGCAACGUUUGCAACAGAGAUUAUCAAAGACAAUAAAUAUAAUUAUUGUCAACUUACAACGGUUAAGCGUUUAUUAGGAAGCCUGGGAAUUAAUGCUGAACACCAUGAAGGUUGCAUUUUGAAGCAAAGUAAAGAUGUUAGAAGUCUUAUUUCCAGUUAUCUAGAAAGCAUUCUAGAGAAACCCGUUAAAAAAGAAUUGGAGAUCAAAGUUAAAGCCGAAUUGAGCAAUAAAAAAAUAAAUUAUUGCUGCAGUCCAAGAUGCGAUAAAUUUAUGAAACGUAUGAACUACCCAAACAUUUUUCUUGUUAUAUGCAGUUAGCAGUUUUUACCGACACGUAGCAGGUUUCGUAUAUUCCACGCAGUGCUUUGCAUCUUUAAGAUUUCAUUUUUAUCUAAUGGAAAAAUUCAAACAUCUUUAUAUAUAUGAUCAAAGAAGCAGAGGAAGUAAAAAGAGACAAUUAGAUUAACGAAUAAUAAAUGAUGACUUAACAAACCCUUCAAAACCCUUCGUAACUCGUUUUAUUUAUACGUUUGUAUAUUUUAUUG